AUUACUUUCAUCAUCAAAGAGCAACUUUUUUAAGGCAUUUAAUGCGAAUUUCGCUGCUCGGUUGUUACAACAGUUCCUUAAUUUCAAUACAAACCUGCAAUAAAGCAAGUUGCUCACCACGUUGUGAAAUAACCAGGAAUGACUAGAUAAAGGCGGGGUCGACUGUUCGUUGGGUGUUGGCUGCUGGGCCAAGUCCAGGCUUCCUUGAACGUUAAGUUUAAUCAGUUUAUUUGGAGCUUGACCAUGGAACUAUACGGGUCUAGCACUACAUACAAUCUGGAGAAUGUUCUACGCCAGAACAUUUUAGGAUCUGACUACUACCGACAGACAUGCACUUCUUUGAACAACUGGUCGGACAUUGUCGACGAAAUUUAUGAGAAUGUUGAUCAUGUGGAGCCCUGGAUGAGCGGGAAUGCACGGGGUGCCUCGUCGGCCUUCUGCCUCCUCCACCGGCUUUUCACGUUAAAGCUGAACCCGAAGCAGAUUAAGGAUAUGCUGGAUCACCGCGAUUCGCCGUACAUCCGCGCGGUUGGCUUCCUGUACCUGCGCUACGUUGCGGACCCAAAGACGCUUUGGAGCUGGUGUGGACCGUACGUGAAGGACCAAGAGAUGCUCGCCCCUAGCGGACCGGAACAGAAGGAGGUGACUAUGGGCGACUACGUACGAGACCUCUUGUUGUCCCAGUACUACUUCGAGACCAUUUUUCCACGCAUCCCAAAGCCAGUCCAGGACGUUAUUAACGAGGAGCUCAAGUCGCGUAAUCUGCCCACUACAGCGAAAGGGAACGGUGGCGCUGGCGGUGCAGACCGCCGUGGUGUCGACGACGCGGGCAACCGCCGGCCAGCCUCAGUCAAAGCGUCCCUGUCCGUGGCAUUUGGGCAAAGAGCCCCGAACCGCUCCGGUGCACGCGAGGAGGGUCGC